ACAUGGUUUCUAUGGCGAAAAAAUUGAAAAAAGUUCGUUGACUCAUUGUUUUCAUAGUUUAUUGCGUUUAUAUUUAUUAAUUCGUGUAAAGUGCACAUAAACAUGUCGAAUUUCGAUUUAAAUUCGAUCAAUUCAGCGCUGUCUGAUUCCGGCAGGCCGAUUAGUGGCGUGGAUUUUUCUGGAAAAUCCUUAAAAUUGGACACUGCUAACGAUGCACAACCCAUCGUGGAUGCCAUCAAUGCGUGCCCCGACCUUCAGUACCUCACGCUCACGGGCAAUACCCUCGGCGUGCCGGCAGCCGAGGCUAUAUCCAAAGCGUUGGAGCAUCAUCCUGAGCUGAAGAUAGCCAGGCUGUCUGACAUGUUCACCGGCAGGAUGAAGACUGAGAUACCACCAGCUUUGGCGGCCCUCGGAGAUGGUAUGAUAACAGCCGGAGCCCGGCUCAGUGUGCUAGAUCUGAGCGACAAUGCGUUCGGGCCCAUUGGUGUGGAGGGACUUGCUAAAUUGCUGCAAAGUGAUGUCUGCAGUGAAUUGGAGGAACUCAGACUAAACAACAACGGUCUAGGCAUAACCGGGGGCCGUCUGCUAGCUAAAGCGCUCGCCUCACGUCCUCGUAGACUCAAGAUAUUCAUAGCUGGUCGGAACAGGCUGGAGAAUGAUGGAGCCACGGCGCUGGCUAAGGUUUUCCAAAACAUGGGCACACUAGAAGAGCUAGCGAUGCCUCAGAACGGCAUCUACCACGUGGGCGUCGCGGCGCUGUCCGACGCCUUCCGACACAACCCGAACCUCGCCCGGUUGAACCUUAACGACAACACCGUCGCUGCUAGAGGCGCCCAGGCUAUCGCUGCUGCUCUACCCAAACUGAAAAACUUGAAGUGUAUCAACUUUGGUGACUGUCUGCUCAAAAGUAAAGGAGCUUUGGCGUUGGCGAAGGCAUUCAAAGAGAAUUCAUUACUUUUAGAGUCUCUAGAUCUCAGUCACAACGAGAUAGGACGUGAGGCUUGCAUGGAAAUAGUGGACGCCGUCACAGCGCUACCCGACAGCGCGGACAGGCUCAGCAGAGUUGUUCUAGCCGGUAACAGUCUCGGCGGAGCAAACAACAAGAAGAUAAUGAGAGACAAAUUGGGUGCUUCCGCUGAAUUGAGCGACGGGGAAGGCAGUGACGAUGAAUACGUAACAGAUUCAGAAGAAGAGAACUCCAAUUCAGAAGAAGAAGAAGAUGAUGAGUCACAGAAUUCAGAAGACAGUGCUACAGAGGACGCUCAGCAUGACACACUCACCAACUUUGCGGAUACCAUCGCACUGGACACAUCAGGUGUACAAGAAAUAGAGACGGAUGUAGGAAGGUUUUUAGCACAGCCUACAUUAGAAAACUUAGAAAAGCUAGGACCAAAUGCUGCCGAUGUUAUUGAUGUACAUUUACAGUCAAUAAAAGAACCCGCAGCCAUGAUACAAGCGUACGUCGACGCGACAUUCUGCGUCGCCGGCCUAUCUGAGAACGCGACCGCAUCACAAAUAGCCGAGCAAUUGUUCCCUAUAUUAAUCUCCCGGGCUACAAGAGCCCCGGCCAGCGCGUGGCUACUAGCCAAUUCGUUUCUGACAGCACUGGCGCUUAUCAAGUCUGAAGAGAAACCUCAACGCCUGAAAUGGUCUCUCCCUCCAUGCUACCGCUUCGUAUCACGACAGCUGCUCAGCCCGCACGUGCCGCCCGCCCUGCGCGACACGCUGCGCUUCUUCGCGCACUCCAAGCGCGGCGCAGCACCGCUCGCCGACAUGCUGUGUCAGUAGGUUCCAAAACUGACUUUCAAGCAGACAGAAGUACCUUUUAACUUGUAAUACAUAUUUGUAAGAUAUCGCAUUGACCACCAAAUUGUAAUACAAGCAUUUUGUUAUCAUAAUAAUUUAUUGUAUUUAACUGAACUAGAGAAAAUAAUAAUAAGAUCGUUUCGACUUAUUGCCACAUACAUCUAUUACAUGUCUUGGGUCAUUUUAACUUUCAAUAGUAUAGAUUAAAUACUGUACUCCAUUUAAGUAGGUACAAUCUUGAUGUAUUUUUAUUUGAAAUAAAAUAUCAAUGUAGCUACAAUAAUAACAGUUACUUUAUCAAUUUCUUGAUAUAACAAAGAAUAAUGAUUUUUUGCAAGAUAUAAGUCAAGUUGAAGCCAAGCCAGUAAGUCUGACACCAGUCUAACCAAGGGGUAUCGGGUUGCCCGGGUAACUGGGUUGAGGAGGUCAGAUAGGCAGUCGCUUCUUGUAAAGCACUGGUACUCAGCUGAAUCCGGUUAGACUGGAAGCCGACCCCAACAUAGUUUGGGAAAAAGGCUCGGAGGAUGAUAAGUCAAGUUGAAAUAUUUACAAUAAAAAUUAUAACUAUGUAAACUAUAUUUACUUACUUAAAAUUAUUAUCUACAACUAAAGAUCUAUAUACAUAGAAUAAAUGAAACGAAUUUAUCACUUGAAUCACUAUUUACAGCAGUAGUUUAUUUGUUUGAUAUGUAUUUGUGUAAAAAAACAUAUCAAGAUAAUAAACAUAUCUAUAGUCGAGUGCCUACUCAAAUGGAGUAUACUCUUUUAUAUCUGAAUUUACUCAGUAAUAGUUCAAACAUGUUCAGGAAUAAAUACUUUUUAUAUACACAAUUUGUAAAUAAUUUGCUUAGAAGUACAGGAUUCUGUGGUGUUCACUAAAUUACAUAUGAACUGUAAUUCAUAACGAGAGCAGUGUGCUGUGCACGCGAAGACGGCUGUUUUAUGACUAAUUUAGUUAUUAAUUAAAGAUAUUACACUUUUGUA